AUGCCUGGUGGAAAGGGAAAGUCCAUUGGCGGAAAGGGUGGUUCCAAGGACUCUGCGGGGAAGGCUCAGAAGUCUCACAGCGCAAAGGCUGGUCUGCAGUUCCCCUGUGGUCGUGUCAAGCGUUUCCUCAAGAACAACACCCAGAACAAGAUGCGUGUCGGUGCCAAAGCCGCCGUCUACGUUACUGCUGUCCUCGAGUACCUGACUGCCGAAGUCCUGGAACUUGCCGGCAACGCCGCCAAGGACCUGAAGGUCAAGCGUAUCACCCCCCGCCACUUGCAGCUGGCCAUUCGUGGUGAUGAGGAGUUGGACACGCUCAUCCGCGCCACCAUCGCCUUCGGUGGUGUUCUGCCCCGCAUCAACCGUGCUCUCCUUCUCAAGGUCGAGCAGAAGAAAAAGGGCAAGCCCGAGCUUUAA